AAGACAUUCAAAGGAUUCCCUGACAGUGGCAGUUGAACAGCUCUGUUGAUGCCAGGAAUACUCAUUACUUUCUCAUCCGGGUCUUCUCGCUCCUCUUAUGGUAGUAUUUACUUUGCCCAGACCACGGAGCUAGAACUGGCUUUGAGGCGCUGAGUAUGUAUUAUUGUGAGUGGUGAGGAGGAAGACGGUACGUCGGAUUUCACGCAGCCUCAUCUGGAACGCAGUAGUUUUGAGUGGAGAGAACUGUUCGUGUGAACGACAAUAAUUUUCCUCAAAGUUCAUAGGUCUUUCACAGAUGAAUAUUUAAUGGCUUCGGAAUGGAGAUAGCCUUGGUGAGUUUUGAAAACGGCGGCGCAAAAGGGAGCGGUGGAAAUGCCGGCGAAGUCUGCCAAAACGCGCUGGAUCAUCCCCAACCAGGCUUUAUCCAGACAGGGUUCACUGAGGGCUACAAGGAGUCAAACACGUUGGGCAGUCCACCUCUAAGCACUAAGUGGAAAAUUAACGACAUGAACAACACUUUUGGCUGCAACGAAAAUGCCAUGGAUGCGCUGUUGCGCGCCGACCAUAGUCCGCAUCUGUUUGAUGAGGACAUGUUGGACAUGGACAUGGACAACGAUAGCAAUGAGAGGGUGUUUAUAAACAUUGCCGGACUACGGUAUGAAACACAGUUGGGCACCUUAAAUCAGUUCCCAGAUACUUUGCUGGGGGAUCCUAAUAAGAGAAUUAAAUACUUCGAUCCACUUCGGAACGAGUACUUCUUUGACCGCAACAGGCCGAGUUUCGAUGGGAUUCUAUAUUUCUAUCAGUCGGGGGGGAAGAUUCGGCGACCCGUCAAUGUGUCCAUCGACGUCUUUGCCGAUGAGAUUCGCUUUUAUCAACUGGGGGAGGAGGCACUGGAGCGUUUCCGUGAGGACGAGGGCUACAUCAAAGAGGAGGAGAAACCCUUGCCACAAAAUGAAUUUCAGAAACAGGUAUGGCUCAUCUUUGAGUACCCCGAGAGUUCUAGCCCUGCACGAGGGAUUGCAAUUGUGUCUGUGAUUGUCAUCACAAUAUCGAUCAUAACGUUUUGCUUGGAGACGUUACCAGAGUUCCGAGAUGAGAGAGAACUGCCAGUCACUGUCAGAGGGGACAACAGCACGGCCGCCCGGCCGUCGCUCACCUUCACAGACCCCUUUUUCAUCAUAGAAACCACCUGUGUGAUAUGGUUCACGUUUGAGCUUAUAGUGCGCUUUUUCGCCUGUCCAAGCAAGGCGGAGUUCUCUAAGACCGUCAUGAACAUUAUUGAUAUUAUGUCCAUAAUGCCUUACUUCAUCACAGUAGGCACUGAGCUGGCCGAGCAACAGAACGGCGAAGAGCACCAAAACGGUCAGCCAUCCAUGUCUCUGGCCAUUUUGAGAGUCAUAAGGCUGGUGCGAGUGUUUCGAAUAUUCAAACUCUCUCGCCACUCCAAGGGCCUUCAGAUUCUGGGCCAGACUUUAAAGGCCAGCAUGCGCGAGCUGGGCCUCUUAAUCUUCUUUCUCUUCAUAGGAGUUAUCUUGUUCUCGAGCGCCGUGUUCUUCGCAGAGGCGGACGAGCCGGAGUCUCACUUCUCCAGUAUCCCCGAUGCCUUCUGGUGGGCGGUUGUGACUAUGACCACAGUAGGCUACGGGGACAUGAGACCCGUGACGGUGGGGGGUAAAAUUGUGGGCUCUCUCUGUGCCAUCGCUGGCGUGUUGACCAUCGCUUUGCCGGUGCCUGUCAUCGUGUCCAACUUUAACUAUUUUUACCACCGAGAAACCGAUCAGGAUCAAGCAUCACUCAAAGAUGACAAUACCGCCGGCAGCGGCCAGAGUCCAAACGAUGAAAUGAAACGCAGUGGCAGCAGGUCAUCUCUGAAGUCAACAGGAGAUGUGGAGAACAACGACGAAACAAACACGCCUGUGGAGAAAACUAACAUCAAAGCUAACAGCAGCAUGGACAUCAAGAAAUCCCUUUACGCAUUUUGUCUGGACACGAGGGAAACAGACUUGUAGACCCUCAGUGUCGGGCUCGGUGUCCACCCGUAGAUGGUGGCAUCAUGGUACUGUGAAAGUCACUCAGUCCUUGAAAAAAAAAAAAAGAAACUCAUUUGUGUGUUCAAAGGCUUUUGCACAAUGUUAGAAUCAACACGAUAUUGCGAUUCAGGAAAGUUUUGCUACCCUGUUACUUAAGCACAGCACAUACUUUUUCUAAUUUGAAGAGCACAUUUAUUAAAAUCCCAUUUUAGGCGCUGAUUGAAUCAAAUGGACGUAGGCUAGUAAUUAUGUUGCACAUUACACAUCAUAGGCCUAAAUGCUACAUGUCAUCACAGGAAAAAGCGGAAUGGUCAGGCUAAUGGAUAGGGUGUGUGAAUGGAUAGUUGUCUAGAUGAAAAAAAAAGGUUGAAUAGUUUACAGCAUUGGGUUGAUAGUUGCAUUUGACAGAUUUGUUUUGUUGGCCUUAAAUUAACUACUAUACCAACAAAUCAUGUCGACCUUGAAAUAAGUGAAUUAUAUAGGCCUACAUGUUGGAAAACUUGCAUAUAAUGGGCAUUUCGAUUUUAUUAAUGUAUCAUUUAUGUAAAUCAGGCUACUGGAAAUCACGCAACAAACACAUUUCAGAACAUGUACAUAUUUUUGAAGUCAUAUAUCAAGCUGGUGAUUCUAACUAUAACCUGAAAUAUGAGCACACUUUAUAUAUAAGAAACAUCAACAAAUAUACGUGGUUCGUGAAUAGCCUGAACGUCUACCCUUACAUGGAUUCUUUCUUUAUUUCAUAAAGAACUGAUUUAUAUUCUUGAUAUUAGUCUACAUAAAGGUGUUGCGUUUUUUCAGGGGACUUUUUUUUAAAAACGGACCUAAACAGAAAAAAAAACAUUGUCAAAAAAUAUGAAAAUGACUCAAUGGCAGCCUUGUUUUCACAAGAGCAUUCUGGAGUGAACGCUGUGUGAUGAGAAUGCCCUAUUGACACACAGAGAGAUACGUACAAAAUAUACUGUUCACGGGAGGAUCUUACCAAACGAAGGAUGCAUAGAGAGUAAAAUCAUCCAAAGUGAAAAAACUCAUCACAGCAAGACCCUUCACGCAAAUAAAAGACUCCGUUAACAGAGGAACAGAGCAGAAUCGCUGCCAUCUGACCACGAGGACAUCUCUCUUCCACGUCAGGAGCGCCAUAUCCCAGCGCCACCCUUUCAAGAAAUCCACAACAACAAACAAACAAAAAAAAAAACAAACAAACACAAAAACAAAAAAAAUACUGUGCCUUCAAUCAACCCCAGCAGUGCUACACUGUUCUGACCUGCACCUACAAAAUCCCACAGGUGGAGGAGAAAGACAACUAAAAAUGCACCACCUUGCCCUAUGGACGAACUACAGAUGUUUGUGGAUGGCAGAGGUUCAAGCUCGCCCCUCUCUACGGACUAAAACACAAGGGCAUGUCUUAUGUGAAGUUCUGUUUCUUUUAACCCCCUGUGUUGAGAAACGUUGAAUAUUAAUACAAUGUGCUAGUGAUUUGCUUCAUAUUGGAAGAAAUCCCUAUCUGUGCAAUAUCAGUUGAUAUAUUUCUGUGUGAAGCCGUAAUGUGGAAGUAGACUUUUUCUGGAUGAGUUUUUCGGCUCAGUCUGUUUAUUUUUUUAAAUACUGUCCUCCUGAUCUCUAUUUUUCUAAAAAAAGAUGAAUAUAUAGUAAAUAUAAAUAUAAAUACAUAUAUAUAAGAUGAUAUUCUUUACCGGUGGAGUGGGCAUGUGUCCCUAAGCACAAGGGAGGCCAGCCAUUUGGUUUUUAGACAGUGGACUUUUAGACUUAAAAAAGAGCCUCCCUCUAUUUAAGGGCCAAAGCCAUAGCCUGCAACUGUACUCGUCAGGUUUUGUUUGGUAAGGAGCACACAAAGAUACCCAUUAUGACCUGCUGAAAAGACUGUGUGUGUAUGUGUGUGUGUUUGUGCGCGCGCGUGCGACUGUGUGUGUCCUCGCUUACUCCGAAGAUCUUACAGUCAAACAAAAGUAAGAUGGAGGUGUUGGUGUGUUUAUUGUGUGAAGUUUUGGUUUCCUACAUCAGAUGAAUUGAUUUUACUGACGUAGCUAGCCAUUCUCUACCUAAUUGUGGCCUGUUCUUGCUGAACGUCGAGUUCUUUUGUACUCCCCUCUGCAUAUCAAUACAUUACUUGGUGUGUGAACACAUAUGAGCAUGUGUUUGCUGGGUGGGUUAUGUUGGUAAUCAAGACCUUCUUUAACUGCAAUUUUGUGACUAUGUGGAACCUGUAUCCUUUAAGCUGCUACCUUGUACUGUGUUGUCUGGAUAUAUCCAGCGUUAUUCCUGAACAUUUAUUAUCCUUGAACAAUCAACUCAUUCAAUACCUCGCAUAUAAUGUUAUAUUAACAAUUUAGAGGUAACUUGUUAUUUGUACUGUAUUUUGUCAUUGGUUGAUAUGAUGUUAGCUUAAGUCACUAAAUAUCCCUGUGCCCCUUCCCCAAACCCUAAACAGGAUUCGAUUUAUUUAUUUGCAGUGCAAUACUAUACUAUUCUGUUAAGUACUGUUGAAUAAAGCUGACAGAUUCAGGGUAGAUUUUGCUAGAUGCUAAAUGUAAUUCAGCACAAUGUCAUACAAUGUAUUCAGUUACAAAUUAUCAGGGUUUAGCCAUUUCAUGAAUUUGCUAAUUAAUUUGGCACAAAGUACUGACAACCCAUGUCACUCACUAACAAGUGUGAAGGGGAGUGUAGUAUCAUAUGUGUCUAUGUGUAAAUUCAGAUUCUCAGAGAGUCUUAGAUUUGUUUUAUUUUUCAGGGUUAGACCAUACCUGUCAACAUUUAGCCAGGUUUAUACC